AUGUCAAACCCCAUCGAUAUCAAGAAGGAGGUGGCGUCGCCCAAAAGACCCACGUUGAUGGCGUCGCCGGUGGCCUCGCGCGCGGCCAUGUUCGAGUCGAUCCCGCUCGUGUCGCCCAUGGCCACUCCGUCCGUGCUCCAGAACCCAAAAACGCCGCCCGUGGUGUCGCAGGAGGAGAGAAACAACCUCCCGAUCCAUGGCGAGCUUCCCCACGUGCGCUGCAUUGCUCGCGCGCGCAUCCCGACGGUCCAGGGGCCCGAGAUCUUCCUACAUUUGUACGAGAACAACUUGGACAAGAAGGAGCACUUGGCGAUCGUCUUCGGCGAGGAUAUCCGCUCGCAGUCGUUGUUCAAACGCCGCGACGGCGACACGCAGCAGGACCGCAUGACCCGUGGCGCCUACGUCGGCAAGCUCUUCCCUGGCCGUGUGUGCGCCGAUAAGGAUGACCAGCUGGGGUUGGAGCUCCAUUUCGAUGCCAACGGCGACCUCAUCCGCAAGCCGGAGACCACUUUUGCGGGCGAUGUGCUCACGCGUAUCCAUUCGGAGUGCUACACCGGCGAAACGGCGUGGUCGGCCCGCUGUGACUGCGGUGAACAGUUCAACGAGGCUGGCCGUCUCAUGGGCGACAGUGGCCAUGGAUGCAUUGUGUAUUUGCGCCAGGAGGGCCGUGGGAUUGGUCUUGGCGAGAAACUCAAGGCCUACAACUUGCAAGACUUGGGUGCAGACACUGUCCAGGCAAACUUGAUGUUGCGCCAUCCGGCCGACGGCCGCUCGUUUUCCUUGGCCACCGCCAUUCUCGUGGACUUGGGCCUCCUUUCGAUCAAACUUUUGACUAACAACCCCGAUAAGAUCCUUGCCGUGGAGGGCAAGAACCGUGACGUCAAGGUCGUGGAGCGUAUCCCCAUGGUACCUUUGGCAUGGCUGUCCACCGAAGAAGGCAUUAAGUCCAAGGAAAUCGAGGGCUAUUUGAGCACGAAAAUCGAGCGCAUGGGCCACUUGUUGGAGAAACCCCUUAAAAUAUAG